AAUUCGUAAUUCCUAAGCCAAAUGGAAUCCAACCUUUCUUUUUUAAGUAAACUCUUCCCCCAACUAAACUCUUCUUAUUUAUUGCCCAUAAAAUUAAUCUUCAUAUGUGUUCUGCUACUACUACUACUAUUACAAUUCUAAGUAAUAAUCUCCCCCAAAAAAGAUGAACAAAACCGACACGAAUAAUGAGGUUUGGGAGUUCGAGGAUCUGUUACCUGUGAUGGCGGAGAAGUUAGAUUCUCGCACUUUCAUAUCCGAGCUCUGCUCGGGUUUUAAGCUACUGGCUGACCCAUUAACAGGAUUGAUCACAUCCGAUAGCCUAAGUAAGAAUUCGGCAAUCCUGGGAUUUGAUUGGAUGACAAGAGAAGAUGCAGAAGCCAUGGUGAAAGAAGGAGAUCUUAAAGGCAACGGUUUUCUCAACGAGACUGAGUUUUGUAUUCUCAUGAUAAGGCUUAGUCCUGGAAUAAUGGAAGAUGCAGAAACAUUGCUAGAGAAAGCCCUGCAUCAAGAGUUAGCUAAUUCUUCUACUUAAUAAUAAUACAGAUGAAGAAAAUUAUCUUACUUUGUUUCCAUGUGUUUCUUUUGCUUGAUAAUGUCACUCUUUUGUCCCUGCAAAAAUAUUAAUACACAUUUUCUGCACUAUUACAUAAAAGCACAAGAUAAAAUAAUCCUGGGGGAUUAGUACAAGUUUCCCAAUCUGAUGUCCUCAUAAAGACUUAUCAUUAGUUAUGGGAUUUAAAGAAAUGGACAUUACUAAAAUACAUUAUUUUUUUUCAUAUUAAAUACAAUGGAUAUUUCAAUCUGAUUUUUCAAGAAACAAGCUUGAACACUACAUUCAACAACAUUCAAUUUUAUAUCCUUUAUAGAUGGUUAUUAGCAGCUAGCUCUAUUUAUAAACAUAUAGAGCCAACUGUUCAUAAUAACUGACUAGCUCAAGGUACAAAUAUGAUAAAAAAGUUGAAGGUUUCACCAAAAGGGUGGGGGAAGUGAAAAAGAUAACUCAUAUUUAUUUAUUUUUCACAACUCAAUUGAAUUUCUGACAUAUACAACA